GUUUGGUUCCGAGGAAAGGACAUUGCUAAGAUCCUUGGUUAUAGUGUUACUGAUCAGGCUAUAAGAAAACAUGUGUCUGAUAACCACAAACAGCUAAUUCGUUGCCCCGUCGAAAUGAAGGGUCAACAAAAUGACAUGAGGGGUAAAUGGACCACGUUCGUCGAUGAGGCUGGUUUUUAUGAACUUGUGUUUAGUUCCAAAUUACCAGCUGCUAAAAAGUUUUGUGACUGGGUGUUUACUACUGUACUCCCAUCUAUCCGCAAGUAUGGCCAAUAGAAACUGUUUGAUAGUCCCUGGAAUAAAAUGAUUAUUAUUGGCAAUGAGACUGACCUCCAUUAUAAAGUAGUGGACCUCAUAAGAAGAUAUUAUCCAGAUUCCAUAUUAGUAGCCGGUCUGGGAGAAAAUCAGGAUACUGAGGAUAAGAGACUGGAUUCACAGUGUUCUCACCAGGCCGCGGCCUUGCGGGAUUCCCGCAAGAAAAACCGAAAUGGUGCAUUAAAACCAAGAAGAUGCGCCCGUUAGGGCGCAGGGGCAAGCUACGAGUCAAACGGACUUAAGUAGUUUUAAUGGUCAACCUAACACUAAAGCAUUCUGUUUGUUUGAAUAAAUAAAAAACAUGAUAUAGAGUGCGGGCUCAGGUUCUUCGUACCGCGUGUUUUUUGUAACUUUGUCCCCCUAAUGUUCUUACAGGGCCCCUAUUUCUCAGAAGAGGGGGCCCUGGGACUCCCCAAGGCAAAAUCCUGGUGAGAACACUGGAUUCAUAUAAAAAGGGAUAUAUGAGAGGACAGCCUGAUCUAUUGGUACUUGAUUAUCACAAAGAUUAUAAAGGCCUGGGUAUAGAAUUCAAGAGUCCUACAGGUAACUACUAUAUAUCAGAAGCCCAAAAGGAGAUGAAAAAGAAGUACGUUAAUAAUGGCUAUGCAUUCAUCCUAAGUAAUGAUUAUGAUAAGAUUAGCAAAAAUAUUCAUGAGUAUUUGAAAGGCAUUAGAGUACCGUGUAAAUAUUGUAUCAAACAAUUCCAUAAUAAGGACAAACUAAAAAUGUAUUAUAAAAUUAUCCACCGAAUUGAAAAAUAUUAG